AUGGUAUCCGCCAUAAGAGUUGCUCCUACGGCAGCCACACGAGCAAUCAACUUGCUACGCACAGUUCAAUAUACCCAUCCUCCAACAUGUCCAUGCCACUCAAAUCCUAGCCACCACCAUCAUCACCAGAACGAGUCGUCAUCACUAAUUCACCAUGCACGGCGGACCCUCACGACGCCCAUUGACCCGUCACGCCAGAAAGAAUAUGCCUUUGAAAUGGCAUCGUCAAACAUCCGGUUCGGUCCGGGAUGCACCAAGGAAGUAGGCAUGGACAUGAAGAAUCUCGGCGCGAAAAAGGUUAUGGUCGUCACGGAUGCCAAUGUGGCCAAACUUGAUGCCAUGAAGCAGACCAUUGAAGGGCUGGAGAAGGAGGGCAUUGCAUAUAUAGUAUAUGACAAAACGCGAGUCGAGCCGAAGGAGAGCUCAGUCAAAGACGCAAUAUCAUUCUCAAAGGCCCACGACCCAGACGCCUUUCUCGCCGUCGGCGGCGGGAGCGUCAUCGACACCACCAAGCUCAUGAACCUGUACACCUGCAACCCAGACGCGUCUUUCCUCGACUUCGUCAACGCCCCGCUGGGCAAAGGACUACCCAUCACCUCUUCCCUGCGUCCGCUCAUCGCCAUCCCCACCACCGCCGGCACUGGUUCCGAAACAACCGGCACCGCCAUCUUCGACAUGGAAUCCAAACGGGCCAAAACAGGGAUCGCGCACCGCUCACUACGUCCCACUCUGGGGAUCUGCGACCCGCUCAACACGCGGACCAUGCCUUCUGCCGUGCACGCCUCGUCCGGUCUCGACGUGUUAUGCCACGCGCUCGAAUCCUGGACCGCAAUACCAUAUUACGAACGAAUGCCUCGCCCCACGAACCCCAUCUCCCGGCCGGCAUACCAAGGCGCGAACCCGAUAUCGGAUAUAUUCAGCCUCCAAGCGCUACGCAGCACAGCGAAAUACCUGCCGCGCGCGGUCAAAGACCCAGACGACCACGAGGCGCAAGAACAAAUGCUACUGGCCGCGACCCUUGCGGGCGUGGGGUUCGGAAACGCAGGCGUCCAUUUAUGCCACGCAAUGAGUUAUCCCAUCUCAGGCCAGAACCCUGCACGGUAUACUCAACCCGGCUAUGUCGUCCCCCAGGGCCAGCCGCUCAUCCCGCAUGGCGUCUCGGUGGCGGUUACGGCGCCCAGCGUGUUUCGCUUCACGGGCCCCUCAAACCCAGACCGCCAUCUAGCUGCCGCGGAGGCAUUGGGGGUGGAUAUCUCGCAGGUAAAGAAGGAGGACGCGGGACACGUCCUGGCGGAUAGAUUGGCGCGGUUUAUCAGCGAUUUGGGCGGCCAGCCGAAAGGAUUAAAGGAUCUAGGGUUCGAUAAGACGCAUGUGGAGGAGCUGGUGCAAGGGACACUGCCCCAGAAGAGAGUCCUCGUGUUGGCGCCCAAUUUGAGCGGUGAUGAAGAUGUGCAGAGGGAGAAGGAUCAGUUGAGGGGGUUGUUUGAAGAUGCAUUGGAGUUUUAG